AUGACAUUUGCCGCUUUCAUAAUCAAAUUUUUGUUGGAGGAAUCUUUAGAAAACAUUUGCAGUGCAACAGUCAUAUAUUUAACAAUAGAAGGAGAUAUUUUGAGCGAUUAUAAUACUAUCAGAGAUUUAACAGACCGUGCGGUAACUUCUGCUUUAUUAAAAAUAAAUGAUGAUUCUCGGAAGCUGAAAGUAUUAGAGGUCUUACCGCAGAUGAAAUCUGGAUAUAGAGAUAUAUUAGCGUUGAAAAAUGUGAACGCGUUGAAAUUGGACAUUGGUGCAGGUAGAGAAAUUUAUGAAAGUGUUAUUUAA